AUGGUUGCCCUUAGGGUUGUGUUCAUGUCAUUUGCUUUUCUUGGAGUUUGGGCAUUUGGCGAAGGAGAGUUCUGGCUAGCACUCGUCAAGGUCAUCGCUAUUCUAGCCUUCUUCCUUUGUUCAAUCCUAAUCUCUACUGGUGUCAUCGGAGGCCAAAAUAUUGGAUUUAAGUAUUAUCAUGAUCCAGGACCCUUUGCAGAUGGAGUGAAGGGUGUAUUCGAGAUCUUCGUGUUUGCGGGUCUUCGGUACAGUGGAACUGAGAUGAUCGGUCUUACGGCUGGAGAGUCGCGCAAUCCAAGCAAAGAUAUCCUCAAGGCUGUUAAGGAUAUCGUCUGGAGAAUUGUGAUCCUCUUCCUGGGAGGUAUUUUCUUCCUCGCAAUUACAGUUCCCUGGAAUGACGAGAGGCUCUUAGGGAGGGCCACUAAGAAGAGUGCAAGUUCUCCGUUCGUUAUUGAUUUCAACCGCGUUGGAGUUACAGCUGGCAGUCAUGCAGUUAACACUGUUAUCCUUGUCACGAUUUCUCGGCCGUGA